CUGAAAGGAACGUCCUCAGUGAAGCGAAGUGAUUUUGACUUGGCUGAUGCCUUGGAUGAUCGCAAUGAUCGAGAUGAUGGCCGUCGGAAGCCAAGUGCAGGAGCAGGAGGUAUUUCAGACAAGGAUCUUGAAGACAUACUAGCGGGUGGUGACUACAAACCUGACAGGAAUAAAGGUGAUGGCCACUUCGGCAGCAGUGAUGACCAGGAAUCUGGCAUGUCCGCAGAGGCCGGCACCGUGGCUGGGGUGGCCAGUGCCCUGGCCAUGGCCCUGAUCGGCGCUGUCUCCAGCUACAUAUCCUACCAGCAGAAGAAGCUCUGCUUCAGCAUCCAGCAGGGCCUCAACGCGGACUACGUGAAGGGGGAGAACCUGGAAGCCGUGGUGUGCGAGGAGCCCCAAGUGAAAUACUCAUCGCUGCAGACCCAGUCAGCAGAGCCGCCGCCGCCUGAGCAGCCCCGGAUCUGAGGCCCC